UUCCUCUUGCACUCCUGUGUUCCACUGAUCUGAAACUGUCAUGCUCUUUCAUUUGCAUUGACCCAUUGCAUUACUCCACUUCACUUUGUUCUAAAUUUUCCGAUUUCCAUCUGGGUUUUUAUCUUUCCCUGUUUUUAUUUUGUGGGUUUUUGUUGUAUUCUGCCAAUAUACUAUCCAGUUCCAUUCCAGCCCAUAAUCUUAAGCAAAGAUGUUGUUUUUCGAUUCUCAGAUUUGUUUCUUUUGAUGAAAUAUACAAUGAAAGUGAAAUUUGCUCCCUUUAUUUCCUUAUAAAUCUACAUUUUAUUUGUGCAAUCCUUUCUUUUUCCUUUUUCAUUGGUACGUGCCUAACUGCGGUACGGGGCUUUGAAUUCCCUAUGAAAGUAUGGGAUUUCCUUUUUAGAUGUCUAAGGAUGUGGAGGAUCCUGCUGACUGUGGUCCUGAAGUCUUGGUUCCCUCUGGUGAUGCCCAAGAAACAUGGUAUAGUUGUGUACUAAAGCAAGUAUCUGUCUAUGGAGUGGCGGCUGGAUACUGCAUUUCAGCUUCUCUUCUCUCCAUCAUCAACAAAUGGGCUGUAAUGAAAUUUCCUUAUCCAGGGGCACUAACUGCUUUGCAGUAUCUGACAAGCGCAGCUGGUGUAGUUCUCUGUGGAUGGUUUAAGGUCCUAGAGCAUGAUCCGCUUGACCUUCGGACCAUGGGGCAGUUCCUACCUGCAGCCAUUAUAUUUUAUCUCUCUCUCUUUACCAACAGUGAGCUCCUCCUACAUGCUAAUGUUGACACUUUCAUUGUCUUCCGAUCAGCAGUUCCUAUAUUUGUUGCAAUAGGAGAGACCCUUUACUUGAGCCAACCUUGGCCUUCAUUGAAGACAUGGAUCUCAUUAGGCACCAUCUUUGGCGGCAGUGUCCUUUAUGUUCUUACUGAUUACCAGUUCACAUUAACUGCCUAUACUUGGGCUGCUGCAUACUUGGUAAGUAUGUCUAUAGAUUUUGUUUACAUAAAGCAUGUGGUAAUGACUAUUGGUCUAAAUACAUGGGGUCUUGUACUGUACAAUAAUCUUGAGGCUCUCCUAUUGUUUCCUCUUGAGCUACUAAUAAUGGGAGAGUUGAAGAAAAUAAAGCAUGAAAUCUCGGAUGAGUCUGAUUGGCACUCUUUUCAAGUGAUUCUACCUGUGGGUUUAUCAUGUUUAUUUGGGUUGGCCAUAUCUUUCUUUGGGUUCUCUUGCCGAAGGGCAAUUUCUGCUACAGGGUUCACUGUUCUUGGUAUAGUUAACAAGCUAUUGACAGUUGUGAUUAAUUUGGUUAUUUGGGACAAACAUUCGACUUUCGUGGGGACUGUGGGACUCUUGAUUUGUAUGCUAGGUGGUGUUAUGUAUCAGCAGUCGACAAGCAGUAAGCCCAAAGCUGUCAGUGAAGCUACAGUUCAAGAGACAGAGGAACAGCAGAAUUUACUUGAAAUGCAAAACAACUCACAAGCCAAGAACAAUGAAAAAGAAGAUACUAAGAUAGAGAAGUGAAAGGGCUUAAAAUAUGAGCAUUCUAGGCCUUAUCCCAUCUGCAUAUGGAAACCAUUGUUUGAUUCGGUAUGGCUGAUGAAUUCUCAUGAAAACAACAAUCUCCAUAUGCACAAAUACUUGCAUUGAAGAUUCAGGCUCAAGUCUUAUACACCUACGGCGUUUCAUCUGGUCGGUCUUCUAUGCUCGAACUCGAAUUUUUUUCUUUAUCAGAUUGAUACAUGAUUUGUAUUUCCCAUCCAACAACCGGGGAGGACUGGAUAGAACUUUAAUUUCUUUUGUUUUAUAUUACUACCAUGAACAUUUUAUUUGACCCAAUCAGUUCAUCAUCUUAUUGGUGCCUAAGGGCUAAGAUUAUAUGUAGAUAUAAAUGCAUUUGUCAGAUCAAGGUUUAGCUUCUAGUCUUUGGUUUCAAGUUCCCUCCAUUCAUUCACUUUAUUUGUUGUCUGUUACCACUUUUUGACUCUUCAUAUUUAUACAUAAAUGUAUUUUAGUUGUACCGAUUGUUAUCAA